UAUGUGAUUAAUUUUUUUUAUCUUAAGUAAUAUUUUCGAGUAUCUGAUGUUAUUGUGAAACAAAUUUUGUUAUUUUGUAAAAUAAAAAAAAAUGAUUUUGUUUUUUGCCAAGUAUGUUGUAUAACGUUUUCGAAAUCUGUCCUAAAAAAUUAUGUGUUAUCCAAUAUAUCAUGAGUACUCCAAAGCAACUUUUCACGUACGACAAAAAGUAAUCUCUCAAACGAAAUGGGGAAAUUUGAAACUUGAUGAAAAUGUUUUAAAAAAACCUUAUCGCUAUGGUUUGCAACGAUUGACAAAAAUCAAAAGAAUGGAAACUGUUUCUCGCGUUUUAGUCAUUUUCAGAAUAUAGGUUAUACAUGUUUUAUGACUUUCUUUAUAAAAAGAUAUGAAAUAAUGUGAAAACAUUAACAUUACAAUGAUUUCUUUAUUGCUAUUAUUCUGCUUUCAUUCUUAGAUAAAAAACACUCGACUAUCUUUACUUUAAAAAGAUUAUUGUCGUUUUGAUUACGUAAUUUGUGUUUUCUUAUUUGUAAACGAAGCAGUUCAAAUCAUUUUUUUUUUAUCACAAAAAAAAAAUUUAUAACAUAACACAAUUUCUUUACUCGAAAUGUGGGAACGGAUGCUAAAGGAGCCGUGUCCCCUUAUGGCAAGGUUACAGAGAAUACGAGAAACUAUUCAGUAUGUCACCUUUGUUGAUGUGCUGUCGUCAUUCUCAUCAAGCACAUGCUUACCAAGUCACGACCAUCCUUCGCCGACUAAUAAAGAAGAUCAAACGAGCUUAAGUGUUGUAAAUGUUAAAGAAGAAGUUCGAUGCCAGCCUGUAUGUUAUCAUAAUAUUUCGUUAGCCUCGUGUUUAUUUUCUAGUCUUCAUAUCAAAACAACUAUGUUUGAUCCAAAAUUACAACAUACGGCAUUUCAUUCAUUCAACCCAUUUUUCUCUUUUUGUGAAAAUGCAUCUUUUAAUUUGACUCCUUGUUGCCCAGUUCUACAAGAGGAAUGUUCACAAACGAUCACAGCCAUGAGCACAUGUCAUGUUUUAAAAGAACAUUUUUCUCGUAAUGUUCAUCAACAUGUUUCCUUUAUGUUUUCAAAAGAAAAUGUGAAAAAUCUUUUGUUUGUUGGCUUAGGAUGUUCAAAUUUAACACUCCAGUUAUAUUUAGUGAAUAGUGCCAAAUUAAACUCUUGCUUUGGAUAUCAGAACGCAUGCUCGUUAUUAGCUGGUGUACCGAGUAAAGCCUUUUAUUUACUUGAUACACAAAAACUAGAUGAAUCACUCGAACGCUCCAGUUUUAUUCAUGUUAUUACAUUUUAUCCGUUAGAAACAAGUGGAACAAAAGAGUUACCUUUUCUAUUACUUUCUGGAACAUCCAAUGGUUGGAUAACGUUAUGGAUUCUUCAAGAAAAAAGUGGAUCUCAAAAUGUACUUCCUUUAGAAUUGGUACCGAUCCUGUCGACUACUAUUUCAUGCAACUAUACUGAAAUCACAUCUAUUCUUAUAGUCGAUGCUACCCUCACAACGCAUGGGAAUUCAUUGAACAGUUUCCUUUUGAAACUUGUUUUCGUCACGUGCUACCUUUCAGGAGCUGUGUAUUAUUGGACACUGUCUGUUCCUCUUUGUUAUAAUGCAGAAAAAAAUCUAACGUAUCUUGGUACAGGCGAUAUUUCUACCCUACCUGGGGUCGUCUCUCAACGCCGUCGACUGUGGGCUCAAGAUAAUGAAUUAGGAGGAGUUCUGCGUGCUAAGCUUUGUAUUUCUGAACACUACAGUUCUACGGACACAACGAUGCGUCAAGUGAUUUUAGGAAUUUUCGAUUGUGCCCAUGGUCUCAUUAUCUUAGAACUUUCUCCAAUUCUUCAAUUAAUCGAUCGUUAUAUUUUUACCCCCAAAACGUCUUCAAUUGUGUCUUGUUUAUAUAAUACACCAGUAUUAACAUUAUCUACCCAUUAUCAGCAUAAAGAAAAAGGUUUACCAAUGAAUACGCCCAUUUUUAAUAUAAUGAUUUCAACACGCCAAUCAGAAGAUGCAAAUCGGCUCCACCAAACGUUACAUCUUGUUUCGUUCUUCUUUCAUACUGAACUAAAUGAGUGGAUUAAAAUGCAUCGCACCGUUUUACCUCAACUCGACAAUCAGUCACCAUUACCAUGUUUCGAAUAUAUGUUUUAUUUAAAAGAAAUUAAUUUAUUGUUGACAUUGGAUUAUACUAAUAAUUGGUGGCUAGCUUUUGAAGAAAAAGCAAAACAACCCAUUGAUUUGAAUUACCCUAGCAUCAAUUUAGCAUUUCGAAAAAUUCACGUUGGUACGUUAAAAAGACAAAGUCAGCAAACAACGAGUAGUUCGUUGUACUAUGUCAUUCCUACAUUUUCAUGUGAUACCUCUGUCAUUGUAUCCAACCAUGGUAUUCUUUUGUCGAUUACACGUUUUACUAGCCAUCAGCUUGAAACGUUGUGGAAAGCGCAAUUGGAAACUUUAAAAAUGAAUUGUCUUUCAAAAAAGUAUAUUACUCAAGACGCGUUGGUAGAUAGUGCCCAAAUUUUGAUUAGCAUGAUCUUUGAGUAUUUUUCAACUUUAGAGCAUCAAGAUAAUUUUUCUAAUCCGAGUCUUCCUGCUCAAGCAUCAAAGCAUCUUGUUGAUUUUUGUGAAUCAUUUUUGAACUAUUUAGAUAAACAGAGUGAGAGAAAAGAGGAUCCAUUUUUUUUUUUUACUCAACUUGUUUUAUUUGUGAACAAAGAAUAUUUUGCACCAUUGUUGAUGGAUACCAAUUCAAGUCAACAAAAUAACGCGCAAUGUUUACAACCCCUUUUUUAUGAUUACAUAACUUUGGAUGAAUAUACACUUCUUAAUUUAUCAUCAGUACUUUUUGAAGAAGAGGAAAAAGAGUCGAUAUCUCGGAUUUGUAACAAUGAGUUUAAAAAAAAUCAUAUAAAUCACUCUCAUUUUUCUAAGAUUUCAGCAUCUCAAAAAAAAAAAAACAGUUCUCAAACAGAGACUGUAGGUCAAACGAAAAAACAGAAACACGUCAAUAGCUUAAAAAAUGAGAACCAAGACCAUCAAAUGACUCUCCAAGAUAUAUCUAUACCUUACUGGACAUUGGAUUCUUUUCCUAUGCUUCACCAAAGUUUACUACACGUACUUUUCUCUUUAAUUGUGUGUAAUUCUCUUAUCUGCGUUGCGGAAGCGUUGUCUUUCGUUUUACCUCAUGAUUGGUUAACAACUGGUCUCCCACCUUCUUUUUCUUUACUCUUAUCUCGUUUAUUUUUAAAUAACAAUGCUUUACAACAACCCUCUUCUCUUUUACUAAUUCAAAUACUUUGUCAGCUGAAUCGUAUUAUUAUAUCAAGCGUAACCCAUCUUGCUUCGACAGUUUUGUUUCGAGGACAAUCCAAUGACAUAACUCUAAUGCAUAUACAUCACAAGGCUGAAGAUAACCAAUGUGAAACUCUUUUUUCAAAUGAAACUUUUCUUUGUACGCUUUUCCCGUCUCUUGUAUUUCUACAUACGUAUGAUAAAAGCCUAGACUGCGGUUUCUUUAAAAUGUCAUUUAUUGCAAAUGUUUUAAAGUUCAAUGAAGAGAGAAUUCUUUCUGAGUUUCUUGGUUAUUAUUUCAUACUGCAUCGACACUCUUCUUUUAGCUUGCAAGUUUCACAAUUUCUUUUAAAUCAAGUGGCUUGUUCGAUUGGAGAAUUGAAAUUAACCUGUUGUGUUUUCAUCAUUUUACAUUUACUACAGCAUACGCGUGGAAUGAGUAUAUUUGAAAGUGUUUAUAAAACAGCUGAUGAUUUAUUACGACGAGUUCAAAAUGAACCCAAUACAUUUGUGGAAGAAAUUUAUUUAUGGAAAGCUUUCUUGCUUAUUCCUUCUUGGUCAAAAUCAAGUAAAUUCGUGUCAACAUGGUGUCAUCGGGUGAUUCACCUCUUACUUGUUAUUCCAAUCACCUUAAAAGAAGAAUUCCAAGAGUUUAUUUUAACUUGUUCUAGAGGACAGGAAGAACUCUUAAAAAGUCUUAUGACGCAUUACAAAACAUUUUGUAAAACAGUACCAUCUCCAAAAAGCGUUUGUCUUAGCAAAUUACCGAAAUUAACUUUAUGUUUGGCUAAAAAGUAUACGUGUGCUUUUGAGGUUUUAACUAUGAUCGAUAAGAAUUUAUUGUUACCAAUCCUUACAGAUCCUUUUUACACUGACGACAAUUCAGUAGUACAAAGGGCCGAAUUGUUUACACAGAUGGACACUCUCAUCAGCACCCUUGUGUGGUUUUUCACUGAAUAUAUUGAAGAGUAUCCUAAAAAUUAUUCAAGUCACUAUAUUCUUUCUAUUUUAUUUUAUUUAACUCAUUCGCCUAACCUUUGGAGUCGUUAUGAAAUGAUAUUUCGAAAACUUCAUUAUCAAUUACAACUCUCGUUAUCGAAACAAGUUUUACAUUCAAAAUAUCUGUCUUCGACUCCACAAUCUAUAACAAUAUUCCAUCAACCUUGUGUUAUUAAUAUUUUGCGUAUUUUAGUUCAAUAUGAACAACUUGUUAAUUUAAAUUGCCGUGUGUACGAUGACACUGCGCAAAUUUUAACCAACAAAUUGUACAUGAAAAAACAUCAAGGUUUUGUGAUUAACCAAAAAACAGUUCAUUCUUUACAAGGCCCAAUGCAGUCGUUGCUUGUCCAAAAGUGUAGCAUGAUCCAUUCUCUUAUAAGAUGCAAUACACGGGUUCACCCGUCUCUAGAAACUGCAACAUUAACGUAUAACCCACUGAAUCCACCUCUCUCAAUUCAAGCUACUAUGAAAAACGAAGUAAUUCCUUCAGAUGUACAACAUGAAGAAGCAUCUUGUGAAGCAGAGGACGCUUCACAUUAUUCUUUUUGUUCAACUACUGUUUUAGCAAAAGGAGUUUCUUUUUAAACCCGCUCUCAACACUCUUAAUGAGGUAUUCCUAAUACUUUAUUAAGAGUCUAUUUUUUUUCAAAUUUUCAUUAAGUAAUGUUACGUAACUUUUUGUUAUCAAAAUGAUUUCAAACACGUCGACGAAGCUAUCUUGAUUUGACUGCGUCUACAAGCGAUUUUUUUUUUUUAAAUAAAAUCGUUAUGUAGUCAUAAUCUACAAAAAAAAAUAAUGGCGCUGCCUUGGACCUAUUUAAUCUUUUAAAUUAACAAAUUGUACCUUUUCUUUUUUUCUAUAAGCCUAUUUUUCUAUAUUUUAAUAACAUACAACAUUUACAAACAACAAAGACACAGAGUCAUACUCUUUUUAUUCAA